CAUUUGUCAAAUUUGACAAAUAUUAUACGAACAUCCAUGUUUAUUCGAAAUGAUAAAGAAAUAUUUUUGCCCAAAUAAAGCUAAUAUUUGAUAAACAACGUUAACAGUAGAAAUAAAAAUGGAUUUCGAGAGUCCGGAUGUAGAAAAAGACUUUCCAGGUCUCUACGCUUCCGAGAGUGCGAAAAGCAAUGAAAGUGACUUUAGCGACGGAGGUGAGCAUGAGAAACAUGUAAAAAAGGAUCUAUUGGGACGACGGAAGGACAAGAAAAGAAUCAAAGAAAAGACAGGGGCUAUGCAGCUUGAGGGAGAGCUCUCCGAAGAAGACACUGAUACCAAAAGUCCAUCAAAAUCAAAGAAAACGAAGUCAUUCAAAUUUCCAACCAAGAGUAAAGAGAAACGGGAGAAGUCACGUGACAAGGAGAAGGUUUUAGAAGAUGCUGUCAAACAACGAGAAUUGAAUGAAAAAGAAAAGAAGAAGGAGAAAGAGAGAGAACGGGAACGAGAGAAGGAAAAGAAAGAAAAGGAAAAACGAGAGAAAUUAAGGGAAAAGGAUAAAGAAAAAGAAGAGAAAGCUAAAUUUAAAUUAGAAUCUAAAGAGAAACUCAAAGAUGAGAAGAAAGAAAAGACAAAAGAUAAGGACAAAGAUAAAGUUAAAGAUAAGGAGAAAGAAAAGGUGAAAGAAAAGGACAAAGACAAGAAAGAUAAAAAACUGACGAAGGUUCCGUCUACAGUGACUUCGGGCGUGCCGUUUGAGGAAAUAUUUACUUUAGGAGUCGCGCUCCCUAUAUUCGGUGUACCGCUGCAACAAUCAGUGGAGCGCUCGAGGUGCCACGACGACACCGGCCUGCCGCUCGUCGUGCGCGACAGCAUCGACUUUUUACAGGCACACGGCAUAAAAUCAAAGGAAAUCUACCGCACGGAACCUGACAAGAUAAAGCUUCAACAACUGCGCAAACUGUUCACGGACCGCGGGCCCACAUUCCCUUACCACUGGGACGUGCCCGUCGCGUGCGCAAUGCUCAAAAUGUUCAUCAGUGAACUCCCCGAAUCGAUACUGACACAAGAGCUGCACGGUCAAUUCGAGCAGGCGACAGCCAUCGCUGAGCCGCAACGCGAGGCGACAAUGAUGUCGCUCAUCAACAAGUUGCCGAGUUGCAACUACAGCCUGCUGAGUUGGGUCAUGUGCCAUUUUCACAGCGUCGUUAGCAAUGAACAGGUGAAUCUAGUGAACAUGCAGACGCUGUCGAGUGCGAUGGGUGUCGCGCUAAACAUGUCGCUCAACCUCCUCACCUACCUCGUCACCAAGGCCGACAAACUGUUCCCUGAUGUACAGCUUACCAAAUACGUGCCGCCGCUCCAGUCCCUGCCGGCGGAGUUCCCGGACUCGGCCGUGGAGAUCAGUGCGGAGCUGCGCAAGCAGGAGUCGCUGCUGUCGCAGAUCCACGCCGAGAUGCACGCCGGCUUCAUCACGCAUGCGCGGGACCAGCAGCUCUGGGAGGCGCAGAGGAUCGUCACUCAGCUUAAGAGGAAGCUACGCUCAGUUCAAAGAUCCGUUGAACCCCACGCGCUAACAACCCAACAGCAAUCGAUAGACGAGAAAGCACUGGAUGACGAGCCUGUACAGCGUACCUCCCAAAAUGAGCCUUCUACGUCACAGGAACAAGAAGUUAAAACAUCGACAACUGACGCAUUCGAUGUAAAAGAAUCUCCCACUCAAGACGCCACGUUCGAAGCGGAAUUCGAAGAUAACUUCGAUUUCAAACUCGAUAAAGUUUCUCCAAAGGAAGACCAACCACCCGCAGAACCGGCGAAAGAAAAACCAAAACUAACUGAAAAAGAAUUGAAAGUGUUACGGCUGGAGCUCGAAAAUGCGGAAUACUUACAACUUAAGUCGCUAUUGCAAGCGAAAAUCAACUCAGAACAGUUCGAAAUCGUCAAACUUAGGAGUCAUGUUGCGUUGAAAAAUAAACAGGAAGGGAAUGCAUUGACGAAUAAAGAAAAUAAAGAAAUAUAUACGCCAGAGGAGCAAGAGUUAAGGCAGAGACUGAUCAAAGAAAACGCUCUUUUAGAGCAGAAAAGACUGAAUUUAAUAAAUCAAAUAUUCCAAGAAAGGGUUGCGUGUGUACAAUUGAAAAUCGAACUAGCUAUGAAGGAGAUUUUGUCCAAGUCUUAGAGUUGUAGUCUCAAAAUAUAUAAAUGUAUGUUAGUGUUAAAUAUUAUGGGCUUUAAUCGUUACGAAAAUAUAAUAAUCGACUUAAUUUAUCGAUAUAUCGAUAUUGUGCUUGUUUCUAAUGUCAACAAUUUUGUAGAUAAAGCAUGUUUGCAUGAUUUAGAUUUUAUGUUUUAACAUAAGAUAUUAAUGUGACUACAUUAGUACUAAUUUAUUAAAACUACAAAUAUCAUAUC